AUGCCAGACAUAAAAGUGACUCCACUUGGAGCUGGCCAAGACGUCGGCCGAAGCUGUCUUCUGCUAUCAAUGGGGGGCAAGAACAUAAUGCUGGAUUGCGGAAUGCAUAUGGGGUACAACGACGAAAGACGCUUCCCCGAUUUUUCUUACAUCGCAGACGGUCCUAUCACCGCUUUUAUAGAUUGCGUUAUAAUAUCCCAUUUCCACUUGGACCACUGUGGGGCUCUACCUUUCAUGUCUGAGAUGAUAGGGUACUCUGGACCUAUUUAUAUGACCCACCCCACAAAAGCCAUUGCUCCUAUAUUAUUGGAGGACAUGAGGAAAGUCUCAGUUGAGAAGAAAGGGGAACAAAACUUUUUCACCUCACAGAUGAUCAAAGAUUGCAUGAAAAAAGUGGUAGCAGUGACUUUACAUCAAUCUGUGAUGGUAGACACUGAUAUUGAAAUUAAAGCUUAUUAUGCAGGCCAUGUUCUAGGGGCUGCUAUGUUUUGGAUAAAAGUUGGGAACCAAUCUGUUGUCUAUACUGGAGACUACAAUAUGACCCCUGAUAGGCAUUUAGGAGCUGCUUGGAUUGACAAAUGCAGGCCAGAUUUGUUAAUAUCAGAAUCUACUUAUGCUACUACAAUAAGAGACUCCAAGAGGUGUCGUGAAAAGGACUUUUUGAAGAAGGUCCAUGAAUGUGUGGAUAGAGGAGGCAAAGUACUCAUUCCUGUUUUUGCAUUAGGGAGAGCCCAAGAGCUGUGUAUCUUGCUGGAGACUUACUGGGAACGUAUGAAUCUCAAAGCACCAAUAUAUUUUGCACUGGGAUUAACAGAAAAAGCAAAUAAUUAUUAUAAAAUGUUCAUUACUUGGACAAAUCAAAAGAUAAGAAAAACUUUUGUCCAAAGGAAUAUGUUUGAUUUCAAGCACAUCAAAGCAUUUGAUAGGCAGUACAUUGAUAAUCCUGGUCCUAUGGUAGUGUUUGCAACUCCUGGAAUGUUGCAUGCUGGACUGAGCUUGCAGAUAUUCAAAAAAUGGGCUCCCAAUGAAAACAACAUGAUCAUAAUGCCUGGGUUCUGUGUGCAGGGCACUGUGGGACACAAAAUUCUCAAUGGAGCAAAAAAAGUGGAGUUUGAAAAUCGGCAAGUUGUAGAAGUGAAAAUGGCUGUUGAAUAUAUGAGUUUCUCAGCACAUGCUGAUGCUAAGGGUAUCAUGCAACUGAUCCAACAUUGUGAACCAAGAAAUGUUUUAUUGGUGCAUGGUGAGGCAGCCAAAAUGCAGUUCCUCAAGGAAAAAAUCCAGCAGGAGUUUAGCAUUGAAUGUUUCAACCCUGCUAAUGGUGAGACUUCUGUGAUUUCCACCCCAGUGAAGAUUCCCAUAGAUGUUUCACUCCCCCUGCUGAAAGCUGAAGCCAAGAAAUUCAGCAGUUUGGCUCCAGACCCGAAGCGCCGCAGGACCCUCCACGGCGUCCUAGUGAUGAAAGAGAACAGCACCUGCCUCAUGGACGUGGACGAAGCCUGCAAAGAAGCCGGCAUCAGCAGGCACGUCGUCCGGUUCACCUCUACCGUCCAAAUGACCGAUGCGGGGCCUUCUCUGACCACCGCCCACAAGUUGCAGAUGUUGCUGAAGGAGAAGCUGCCCCUGAGUUCGGUGAUUUUUUCCGAGGGGGAGAUCUCUGUCGAAACUGUGCUAGUGAAAGUUGAGGGGGAUGAUGACGAUGACCAGAAGAGCGUUUAUGUGUCAUGGACUAAUCAGGACGAGGAGUUGGGUAGUCAGAUUUUGAAUGUUAUUACCAACAUCAAGCAGUUCUGA